CCCCAAAAUAUAUAUAUUUCUUGUUGUAUUAAGAAAAAUAUUUGUUAUUUUUUUUACUAUUUGAUUAUCUUUUUAUACCCUCCUUUUCAAGGGACGCAUCCUCUAUAGCUAUGUCCUUCCAUUCCCUUUCUAGUAGUUUUGGUUAGCUGUUGUGCACAUUGAGCAUCCCUAGUGAAUGAUUCAGAUUCACCUCUUUUCUUUUAUUCCACAUUUCGACAUCAUCCCUUUAGUUUGUUUAUAUAUACACAUCGCCUUCUCAUUUGUUUAUCAUCAGUUGUUGUUUAUUUGUCUUUGAACCUUGAAGGCUUUCAAAAGAAAAACUACAAUCUUUCAGCAACAAUGAGUUAUUCUCAUCAAAGCAUGGGUUCUGGUAGUAGAAAUGCAAGAGGAUAUGAAUUUGGAAGGACGUAUGUUGUGAGGCCUAAAGGAAAGCAUCAAGCCACUCUAGUAUGGCUUCAUGGUCUUGGUGACAAUGGCUCUAGCUCAUCUCAGCUCAUGGAAAGCUUGCAUCUUCCAAAUAUAAAAUGGAUUUGCCCGACUGCUCCUACGCGUCCUGUUUCAAGUCUUGGUGGAUAUACCUGCACUGCUUGGUUUGAUGUUGGGGAAAUUUCUGAAGACAGUCAUGAUGAUAUGGAAGGGUUAGAUGCUUCAGCUUCACAUAUUGCAAACCUUUUGUCCUCUGAACCGCCAGAUGUUAAAGUGGGGAUAGGUGGUUUUAGCAUGGGAGCAGCGAUAUCUCUUUACUCUGCCACUUGUUAUGCUCUUGGACGUUAUGGAAGUGGCCACACUUACCCUAUAAACCUACGAGCUGUUGUAGGGCUCAGCGGCUGGCUUCCUAGUUGGAAGAACUUAAGGAGCAAAAUAGAAUGUUCAUAUGACGCUGCAAGGCGUGCUACAUCAUUACCAAUCAUACUUACACAUGGAACUGCCGAUGAUGUGGUUCCUUAUAGGUUUGGAGAGAAAUCUGCGCAGUCUCUUAGCAUGGCUGGAUUUCGACAAGCUAUCUUUAAGCCAUAUGAAGGACUUGGUCACUACACUGUUCCCAAAGAAAUGGAAGAAGUCGUUCAUUGGCUCACAACAAGGCUCGGGCUAGAGGGCUCACGCUAAACAAUACAGACUGCGAUGCAUCUAGCUAUAUAGGAGCUAUGGUCGACCACAAAUAACAAAUAAUAACUGGGAAAGAAUUUGGGUGAAAAAAAUGAUGUAAACUUGAGUUAGUAGAAUGCAUAAUGGGUG